GAACAAAAAAUUUAAUGUUUUCUGAAGGUCCAGUAUUCUCACUGCAUGCAGUGUAUGUAGCGGGCUUCCUAGCAUGACCGGUUAACAAAUUCUGGCCUGCCAAGGCAUAGCGUUCAACAGCGGCUAUUACUUCAUGGAGGAAUAGCGUGGAUCUGGGAUAUCCAUACGACGGAGCGGUGUUUUUUCCGGGCUCUGCGGACGAUUGAAAAAUAGUCGUUACCGAUAUUAGUCACUAUUAUAAACAGAAGUCGCGUUCAUAGCAGAAUUGCCACCAUGACGCAUAUUCUGGAGGAUCCGACACUGGAACGCAGCUUUGAAGGGCACCGCGAUUCCGUCACCUGCUCUGCAUUCAAUCCCAACAUGAAGCAGUUAGCCACUGGAUCUAUGGACUGUUGCCUGAUGGUCUGGAACUUCAAAGACCGGGCACGGGCGUAUCGCUUUGUCGGCCACCAGGAUGGCAUAACUUCCGUUGCUUUCUCGCCCGGUGGUCGGUUUGUGGCGUCAGCAUCACGCGAUAAGACUGUCCGAAUGUGGAUACCGAGCGUGAAGGGUGAAUGCACUUCAUUCAAAGCGCACACCGCAACUGUACGUAGCGUCCAGUUCUCUCCGGAUGGCGAUUCACUGACAACGGCCGCAGAUGACAAGACUGUCAAGGUCUGGGCUGUGGAGAGGCAUAAGUUUCAAUUCACACUAACCGGUCACCAGAAUUGGGUGCGCUGCGCAAGGUUUUCACCGGACUCUCGCAUGAUUGCAUCGGCCAGUGAUGACAAGACGUUACGACUGUGGGAUCUGCUGUCACGAGAGACUAUCCACACGUACCAUGAAUAUGCUGGGUACAUCAAUCAUGUAGCGUUUCACCCGAGCGGCACGUGCGUGGCAGCAGCAUGUUCUAACAACACUGUCAAGGUCUGGGAUCUGCGAAUGCACAAGCUACUUCAGCACUAUGACACACACACUGGACCUGCCACGUGCGUAUCUUUCCAUCCCUCCGGCAAUUACCUCAUCUCUUCAUCCAAUGACUCGAUGUUGAAGGUGGUGGACUUGCUGGAAGGCCGACUGUUCUACACUCUCCAUGGUCACCAGGAUGCAGCGCUGUCAGCGACCUUCUCACCCAGUGGUCAGCACUUCUGCUCAACUGGAGCUGAUGGCAAGGUUCUACUGUGGAGAACCAACUUUGAUGCUGUGGAUUACAAUGACCUUCUUCAGUCUCGUCCGCGACGUGACUUCUCAUCAAGUAAGUCAUCACAGAGGCCUGCAGCGAGUGCACGGCAGCAACCACCAUCGUCACUGCCAACGUCCUUGCCGUCAAGUAUUCCGCCGACAAAGACGACAUCGUCGAUGAUGUCAUCAAUGCCAGGCCGCUCAUCGGCUGACAGUGCGGGCGGUCUGGAGCCAAGUGCCCGUGACACGCAUGUGGUUGCUGGCCAUGAUCCAGUCAACACGGUGGAUCCUUCACCCCCAGUAGUGGACGUCGGCCGCGCACUGUUCUCCAUGCCCAAGAAGGAUUACGCAAUAGGCGAACGCGACCCUGCCACGACCAGCGUUCCCCUUCAGGCAUCAUUCCAGGCCAGCGGAAGCACGUCUACCAUGGCUGGUACGGCAGCCAGCACUCAGCGUGGCGGUGGCAAACAGCAGGGACAGCAAAGAUCCCACAGUCACCCUCCCAAGUCGGUCAGACAGGCAGCGCAGCAGAGUGCAGCAGCACAACAACAACAUCAGGUCAACAGUCACGGCCAUCAGCCCUCUCAGGUGACGGUGCCCUUGGAAGCGCACACAAUGCCGACGCAGUUGACCAAUGCCCUUGAGCACAUCACCACGCAGCUCGACAUGAUCACACAGACGGUCAGCAUCAUUGAACAGCGUCUAACUCUUGCCGAGAACAAGCUAAAGGAAUGCUUAGACAACCAGCAGAAGAUCACCUUGCAGAUCAAGCCACAGUAGGCAGUUGGUGGUCGCACACCCCAUCAACCUACCGCAUCGGUAUCUACGCUAUUUCCUAGUUUGGUACGCCUGUAUCCCUACGGCUCAUCAUUAUUUCGCUGAAAGAGAACAGCUGUACCACAUUGCAACAGUAAUGCGCGUCUCUGGAAGCCACUUCUGCCUGCCCUGCCCGCUGCCUGGUAUGGUGUGAUCACUAUCAAGGCAUGAAGGUAACCCCCUGGAUCGCCAAUCCAAGCUGACACAAUGAGAACAGCUGGCGUGUAAAAGCAAAUUGACUGGACUUGAAGUAUUUCUCCUUUCUUCCUUAUGAAGUUAGGACUGCCAGUAAUGGAAGUAACUUUCUUGCUUGAAACUGAACUGAAGUUGUUUAUUUUCUUGGAAUGCAAAUGGAACUAUUUUUGAAAUACUCGAAAUUUGAAUUUACUAUUGCCUAAUAUAAUGAAGCUAUGCAGUCCUGUGCCAGUACUUGUAGUUCCAUAGCAACUCUUUUCUUUAUGCUUAGCUUGAGGAGCUAUUUUUAAAAAUAAAAAAAUUGAAGGUUUU